AACCCGCGCCCUUCCCCCGCGGCACAGCCCGCAUCCUGACUCCACGGCACAGCCCGCGCCUUUCCUCCGCGGCACAGCCAGUGCCUCUCUGCCCCCUCCCCUGCCCCUAAAGAUGAAGCUUUGGCUGCUACUGGGUCUUCUGUUGGUGCCCGAAGCCCUGGACAGUGUUACCAGCCAAGAGCCUCCUAAGAACAAGCGUCCGAAGGAGCCAGGAGAGAACAAAAUCAAGCCUUCUAACAAAAAGGUGAAACCCAAACUUCCUAAGAUAAAGGACAGGGACCCACCUGAUGCAGCGCCAAAGACGCAGUCCAUAAUGAUGCAAGUGAUGGAGAAAGGUCGCUUCCAGAAGCCUGCUGCCACCCUGAGUCUGACGGCUGGGCAAACUUUGGAGCUUCGAUGUAAAGGAAAUCAAAUUGGAUGGAGCUAUCCUGCGUAUCUUGACACCUUUAAGGACUCCCGCCUCAGCGUGAAGCAGCAUGAGCGCUAUGGCCAGCUGAUCCUGGUCAACUCCACCGCGGCUGACACAGGCGAAUUCAGCUGCUGGCUGCAGCUCUGCCAUGGCUACGUCUGCAGGAAGGACGAGGCCAGAACCGGCUCCACCUACAUCUUUUUCACAGAGAAAGGAGAACUCUUUGUACCAUCUCCCAGUUACUUUGAUGUUGUCUACUUGAGCCCAGACAGACAGGCUGUGGUUCCUUGUCGAGUGACUGUCCUGUCAGCCAAAGUCACGCUCCACAGGGAGUUCCCGGCCAAGGAAAUCCCAGCCAAUGGAACUGACAUUAUGUACGACGUGAAGAGAGGCUUCGUGUAUCUGCAUCCUCACUCUGACCACCAGGGGGUGGUCUACUGCAAGGCUGAGGCUGGGGGCAAGUCUCAGAUCUCCGUCAAGUACCAACUGCUCUAUGUAGAGGUUCCCAGCGGGCCUCCAUCAACAACCAUCAUGGCGUCCUCAAACAAAGUGAGAGGCGGGGAUGAUAUCAGUGUCCUGUGCACUGUCCUAGGGGAGCCUGAUGUUGAGGUGGAAUUCCGUUGGAUCUAUCCGGGGCAGAAGGGUGAAAGGCCGGUGACAAUUCAAGACACCUGGAGGCUGAUCCACAGAGGGCUUGGACACACCACCAGAAUCUCCCAGAGUGUCAUUAACGUUGAGGACUUUGAGACCAUCGACGCGGGAUACUAUGUCUGCACCGCUCAGAAUCUCCGCGGACAGACUACAGUAGCUACCACUGUGGAGUUCUCCUGACUUAGAAGAGAGUCUAAUGAACUGACGAAACGCCCAUGUGUGUAUACAACCAGUGUUGAGGGUCUUUUGACCAGUGUUUACCCAGGGGCUGAUGACAAGUGCCAAUCCUCACCUGCCUGGUGAGUCAGACCUAGAUGCCCAAACGAAAUCAUCCGGUCUAAUAAUGCAAGUUAACUUUUCUAACAGAAAGCAUGUAUUUGGAUUGCUUACCUACCUACGUGUGUUUCCAGUGUUUAUACUAAA